CCUCGCCUCCCGGACUUCAGUCCCCGCAGACGCCUCACAGACGGUGAACAGCCACAGGCUCCAGGUCAGGCAAAGCGGGUGAGGAACUGGAGCUGGGAACAGGGGAGGGACCAGCGGGUGAAGGGGAGGCCCCUGACUCAGGCCCAUUGGCGCCUCGCAGAGGACGGACGUGCAGUGGCGGGCAAACCUCGCAUCUCCCUCUCUGGCCUCGACGAGUGUUUGGAGAGCAAGAAAAGUGGGCUAGGGGGCUUGAGGGCGCGAAUCCAGGCAGACGUGAACGAGGGAGUGCUUUUCAGAGUCCAAAACGCGGGAGCCUCCGAGUCCUCCGGCACAUUUGUGUAAUGCCAAGGCUGCAGCAGAGACCCAGGAGGCUCUUCCCUGCUGGUGGAGUCCCCCAGGUUGACGGGAGUGACCCCCAGAUCACCCAGGGUUAGGGUAUCCCCGCUGAGCACAGCGCCUGGCUGCAGCACACUCACCAGCGGGAACCGCAGGCUGAACCUGGAGGAGGUACUACUGAGAGACUGGGAGGCAGUCCAGGCAGGAGGGAUGGCAUGGUCACAGGUCUGGAGAAGGGAAAUUCAGAAAUGGAUGCACCUUGGGGAGCAGGGGAAAGGUGGCGGCACGAGGAGCGGUGGACAGGUGAGGCCAGGGAACUCAGCAGAGGCCUGAGGAAGCAGAGCCUUGGCGGAGAACACCAAGAAACACAAAGAAGCCCACCUGGUCCUGAACUUCCCCACCCCCACAGGGACCCUGAGCUCUGUUUCCCCCUCUCUGGCCAGCGACUGCUGCUGCCUCCUCCUCCCCCAACUCUCCAGGGCGACAGUGUUUCCUUGCUUCGGUCCUGAAGGGGCUCCUGGAGACCAUCUUUUGUGCAAUCCAUGUUGGCCUGCCUGUGACCCCUGCUGUCGGUCACCUGCUCUGUUGGAUCCAGGAUGGCACCGUGGUGCUACUGUUUCCUCUGCCUCUUGAUCAGAAGUCUCUCUGGGACCCCCUCCAAUUCCUCAGGUGAAUCAAGGAAUCCUUGGGGCCCAGCCCCCGUGGCCCCCGGCGAGGUGGUGGAGACUGCAGGUGGGGUGUGCAAGUUCUCUGGACAGCGACUGAGCUGGUGGCAGGCCCAAGAGUCCUGCGAGCAGCAGUUUGGCCACUUGGCAGUGCAGCCCCUUGAUGGGGUUCUUGCUUCACGGCUGCGCGAUCUGGUCUGGGUGGGCCAAAGAGAGGUCCCUCUGCGGAGACCCCCACAGAGGCGUGCGCGCACCACUGCCGUGCUGGUGUUUGGCGAGAAGACGGCUGACCGCGCGGCGCGGCUGCUGAGCCCCCUGCCUGAGCUGGCGGCGCUGACUGCGUGUGCUCACGUGCAGUGGGACUGUGCCUCGCCCGACCCCGCCGCGCUCUUCUCCGUUGCCGCGCCCGCGCUGCCCAACGCGCUGCAGCUGCGCGCCUUCGCCGAGCCAGGGGGCGUAGUGCGCGCUGCGCUGGUAGUGCAUGGGCACCACGCGCCCUUCCUCGCAGCCUUCCGCGCCGACGGCCGCUGGCACCAUGUGUGCACCACGUGGGAGCAGAGGGGUGGGCGCUGGGCGCUGUUCUCCGACGGGAGGCGGCGCGCUGGGGCGCGGGGACUGGGCGCCGGCCACCCGGUGCCGUCCGGCAGCAUCCUGGUGCUGGGCCAGGAUCAGGACUCCCUGGGCGGUGGCUUCUCGGCGCGAGACGCCUUCAGCGGCAACCUCACCGACUUCCACCUGUGGGCGCGGGCGUUGAGUCCCGCGCAGUUGCACCAGGCACGGGCCUGCGCGCCGCCCCCAGAGGGCCUGCUCUUCCGCUGGGACCCGGGCGCCCUGGACAUCGCACCCUCGCUGCUGCCCAUGGUGUGGGUGCGCCUUCUCUGUCCCGUGCCCUCCGAGGAGUGCCCUGCGUGGAACCCGGCACCUCGCAGUGAGGGCUCUGAACUCUGCCUGGAGCCGCAGCUCUUCCUCUGCUGCUACCGGACAGAGACCUAUCAUCGGCUGCAGGAUGCCCAGUCAUGGCCUGGCCAGGAUGUUAUCAGCCAAGUCAAUGCCUUGGCCAAUGACAUUGUGCUCCUCCCGGACCCCCUCUCCGAAGCCCAUGGGACCCUGUCCCCAGCGGAGGCCUCCAGCUUCCUGGGCCUUCUGGAGCAUGUCCUGGCGAUGGAGAUGGCUCCACUGGGGCCGGCCGCACUUCUGGCUGUUGUGCGCUUCCUGAAGAGGGUGGUGGCCCUUGGGGCUGGGGACCCUGAGCUGUUGUUGACAGGCCCCUGGGAGCAGCUGAGCCAACGCGUUGUAUCUGUGGCCAGUCUGGUCCUGGAGGAGCAGGUGGCUGACGCAUGGCUGUCCAUCCGUGAGGUGGUUGGUGGGCCUAUGACCCUGGUGGCGAGUGUGCAGCGCCUGGCACCCCUGCUGAGCACCACAAUGACCUCAGAGCAGCCCCGAUUGCGCAUCCAGCACCGCCAUGCUGGCCUGGAGGUACGCAGCUUACGCUUGAGGGAGGCCAGCACGAGGGGCUGCUUCUUCACAAUGCCCGGUGGGCGUCCAGAGGGGCCUGGCCAUAUCCACAUUCCUGCAGGUGAAGUGAGACAACUCCUCGGAAAAGGCCUCUCUGGAGUCACCAUGAUCCACAGCUGGUUCACCUCCAGAGUCUUCCAGCAUACCCUAGAGGGGCUGGACCUACAGCCCCAGGCCCCUGCCAGCUCAGAGGAAGCAAACAGGGUGCAGAGGUUCCUAGGCACCCAGGUGGGGUCAGCCAUCAUCUCCUCUGAAGUGUGGGAUGUCACUGGAGAGGUCAACAUGGCCGUGACAUUUCAUCUGCAGCACCAGGCCCAGACCUUCCGUCAUAAGCUGGUGGAGCCUGUCUGUGCUUUCUGGAACUACAGUAUCAGCCCAUAUACAGGGGGUGCCUGGGCCACCACGGGCUGCUCCGUGGCUGCCCUGUACCUGGACUCCACCGCCUGCUUCUGCAACCACAGCACCAGCUUUGCCGUCCUGCUGCAAAUCUAUGAAGUACAGAGAGACCCUGAGGAGGAGUCGCUGCUGAGGACUCUCUCAUUUGUUGGCUGUGGUGUGUCCUUCUGCGCCCUCACCACCACCUUCUUGCUCUUCCUGGUGGCCAGGGUCCCCAAGUCGGAGCGAACCACAGUCCACAAGAACGUCACCUUCUCCCUGGCCUGUGCAGAGGGUUUCCUCAUGAUCAGCGAGUGGGCCAAGGCCAAUGAGGUGGCAUGUGUGGCUGUCACAGUCGCAAUGCACUUCCUCUUUCUGGCGGCAUUCUCCUGGAUGCUGGUGGAGGGGCUGCUGCUGUGGAGGAAGGUGGUAGCUGUGAGCAUGCACCCAGGACCAGGCAUGCGGCUCUACCACACCACAGGCUGGGGCGUGCCUGUGGGCAUUGUGGCAGUCACCCUGGCCAUGCUCCCCCGUGAUUACGUGGCCCCCGGACAUUGCUGGCUCAAUGUGCACACAUAUGCCAUCUGGGCCUUCGUGGGGCCUGUGCUCUUCGUGCUGACUGCCAACACCUGCAUCCUGGCCCGUGUGGUGAUGGUCACCGUGUCCAGCGCCCGCUGCCGUGCCCGCAUGUUGAGCCCACAGCCCUGCCUUCAGGAGCAGAUCUGGACCCAGAUAUGGGCCACGGUGAAGCCUGUGCUGGUCCUGCUGCCCGUCCUGGGCCUGACCUGGCUGGUGGGCAUCCUGGUGCACCUGAGCCCCGCCUGGGCCUACGCUGCCGUGGGCCUCAACUCCAUCCAGGGCCUGUACAUCUUCCUGGUUUAUGCUGCCUGCAAUGAGGAGGUGCAGAGCGCCCUGCAGAGGAUGGCUGAGAAGAAGGUGGCCGAGUCCUGUGCCAGCCCUGCCAGCUGGGGGACCAGCCUGAGGCCCCCAGGUUCCUGGGAGGCAACCCGAGGGAGCCCCAUAGCCUUGGCUCCACCCCGGAGACACGCGGCUCUCAGAGGUACUCUCAGCACCCAGGUGGGGGUGCCGCCCAGUGCCUCAGUUUCCCCAGCACUCAGGCAGUGCUGGGAGGACAAGGGCAGAUCCUUUUAGUCCAUCUGAAAAAAGGAAACCAGGGCCCAGGAAACUCUGCAGCCCUGUGGCUUGAGCAAUGUCCUGUCACUCAUUCCCCACUGCCAGGAAACCCGGGCUCCUGGGGCCUGGCCCAGGUAUAGGCUUGUCCAGGGUGACCUUCCCUGGGGCUCCAUGCCGAAGGGUUUGGGGGAUUCCUGGAGAUGGUGAGUAAAUGGGGUCGGGGCUCUGAGGCAGGGCAUGGGUUGGAAGACUUUGAGGCCAGGCCAGAGGUUCCAAUCCUAGCUCCCAGUCACCUCCUGUGUGCCCCUAGGCAAGUUCCUUUUCCUCUCUGGGCCUCAUUACUAAUCUGUGAGGUAAACCUUGGAGUGGAUUCUUAGAGUAUUGGAUCCUGAGGUCCCCACUCCCAGGAUUGGGGAGCAGAGAGAGCUCUUCCUGCCUUCAUCUCUGAAAAGUUUGCAUUUUCCUCACUAGGGACCUAUGGCCCUAGAACCCCCUCAGCCUUCUCCUCCAUUGCAAACCCGGAGAGACAGGUGAGGCUGGGACAGCGUGGGUCACACAGGGCUCUGCUAGGGGGCUGGCAAGGCCAGCAGGCAGGGUCAGGAAGCCACAGGGCCUGGGUAGGGCCGGGAUGGGGGCUUCCCCGGGAUCUGUUUGUCUAUUCCUGGGCUGAAGGGCCCAGGGAGGGGGAGCUGCUGGCCGCAAGCUGGCAGAGGCCCCUAUAGCCAAGGAUCCCCAGGGCAAGGGGCACCAGAAGGAGUGGGAGCCACCCCUGUGACGGCCCCUCUGUCCUCAGGCUGUGGAACUGACAGCAUUCAAAGCUUCAGGUACAGUUCCCACCUCAGUGGGUCCCCUCUUUCCUUUUUGGGCCUGGAUACCCGCUAAGCCCCCCUGAUUUCAAAUGGAAGUGAUUUGAAAUCAAUAUACCCCAACCUCCCACAAUUGCAGAGGCCCUCCCCUCACUCCACAGGUCCCCUGGGAGCACUGGGGGCCUGUCGGGGACCAGGCAGUACCCCUUGGGAGGGCUUCGUUAGAGAGUAGGUCAUGGAACCCUAGUCUGAGCAGGCGCUGCCAUGGAGCACAGCCUGCCUCCCUCUGUCCUCCCCUCUCUCUGCCCCCCAAGUCCAGCACCCCCCCUCACCCUCUGAGGGCUCCAGCCUGAUGCCCUAGGACCCAGAGCCUUCCAAACCCCCUGAGGCACAAGUGCUUUCCUCCAAGGCUGCAGGUCACCAGCUGAUGGAGGCAUGACAGGGGCUGGGCGGUGGCAGGGGGUACUGUGGGAGGGUGAGGACACCCCAGGUCCGGCUCAGAAAGAGGACUGAAGCCUGGGGAGCUCAGCCGGGCCCAGGGGAGCCAUGGGGACCCUGCCCGCUGGUCGCUUCCCUGAGGGAACACUCCUUCCAUCUAAAACCCACAAGGCCCCAGCCUCGGCCAGGCGACUGUUUCCAGUCAAGGCAAGAGCCCUGUUUACCAGGCUCCUCCCAGGGGCAGGCUCAGUGCUCAGCCCAGGCACCUGCUGAUUCUGAGCCAGUGAGGGGGAAGUGGAGGUGCCUUUCUCCACCCAUUGCGCGGAUGAGGAAGUUGAGGCACAGAAAGGCGCAGCCGCUAGCCAGAGCCCGAACACAGCCAGGGCCAGGCCCCCACUGGCGCAGAUGGGGGACUCCAGGCACAGCAGUAGCCACACGGUUGUAAACGUAGGGCCACGUGAACCCGGGUCCGUGGGAUCCCAGUCCCCGACCGGCCCCCAUCCCCGGCUGGCAUCUCAGACCCGGAGAGUCUCAGCUUCCCCUUCUGCAGAAUGGGCUGGAGGCGCCCCCCAUAGGCCCGCCCAGACGUGCCCCGGGGCCAGCGCCC